UACUAGAUUGAAUAAGAUGGAUGGCUUUGGUUCCGAUUUUAACUCGACCACCGGGUCUGGUAAAAUGGACACUGGGACAAUAAUGGAACAAGUCAAAGUACAGAUAGCCGUGGCGAAUGCACAAGAGCUCUUACAGAGAAUGACCGAUAAAUGUUUCAAGAAGUGCAUUGGCAAGCCGGGGAGCACACUGGAUAAUUCCGAACAGAAAUGCAUCGCCAUGUGCAUGGAUCGAUACAUGGAUGCUUGGAACACCGUAUCCCGAGCGUACAACUCCCGACUGCAGAGGGAAAGGGCGCGGAUCUAACCAUCACAUCGACCCAGUACUGGCACAGUCUUGUUGAAAUCUUAUAGCAAAGACGCUUCACUGAGGGUGCAAAAUCAAACCUGGCCGUAUCGCCCACAAACCCUCCAAGCCAACUUCCACGCAGAUAUCCACCAGUACAUUGCGUCUGUAGCUGUGGACACUCUCUGCAGACGUUGUCUUUUCACGAGGUUUCUUUUGCUCCUUGAUAUUAUUUUCAAUUCCGAAAACGGGACACUAGCUGUAAACUGGAUUAAUGUGGAGUUUAAGGGACUACAAUACAGCACGGUUAUAUAAUGAAAUAUUGUGUAACAUCCCUCUGGACUUGUUAGCUCAUUGUCACCAUUGUCUGAAUGGCAUGUCCUUUAGUACAUGCUCUUUUGCAAGUCUCAGGUUGUCUGUUGAGAAAACACUGGCACCCUUUGGGGUGAUGUGCAGGAGGGAUGAAAUGGCUUAUUAUACUGUUUUUAUUGUAUAAACAGUCUCAUUCAUGUGGA